UUGCAUACUCAAUUAAGAACCUCGGUAUUUAAAGCCCUCCAUGAUCAGCGGCGUCCAUUUCACGAUCAGUCAACAAAAUGGCCGCCAAAGAUCAAAUAUCCGAUUACACCCACUUCUUACAACUGCCAUUAAAAAUCGUUGGCUGUUGGGAAUGGUUUCCCAACACCGACAGUGAAUUUAAGUUAAUAUUAAACAAUAUCUACUUGGCCUUAGUUCUCUUUGUGCUUUUAAACUUUCCGAUAACAUUAAUCGUGAAUUUGUACACAGAGUGGGUUGAUAUUAUGGGUAGUUUGGAUAAAAUAGCUGAUGGCUUACCUUUGAUAGUAUCAGUCGUCGUCGUAAUUUACUUUGCUUUAUACAGAGAAGAGUUGUAUGAAUUAGUAGAAUUUAUGAAUCAGAAUUUUAAGUUCCAUUCGGCGAGGGGUUUGACGAAUAUGUCGAUGGAGGGUAGUUAUACGUCAGCGAAGAAGUUUGCGUAUAUGUAUACGGCUUGUUCGUUGUUUAGUGUGACGAUGUAUGUCACUCUGCCUAUGGGUUUUCACUUGUGGACCCAUCAGCCCCUGCAGAGCUGGGCAUACAUGGACGCUGAGCGGAGCCCGUACGUGGUAAUGGCGUUUCUGCGGCAGUGCCUUGCGCAGGCCUUCGUCGGCCUCGCCGUCGGACAGUUAGGAGUAUUCUUCGCCUCAAACUCUAUCGUGCUCUGCGGUCAACUGGACCUGCUCUGCUGCAGCGUGAGAAACGCACGCUACACUGGCUUGCUUCAGAGUGGUGUGCCACACAAGGCCCUGUUACGAAAUCCUGGAGCCUAUACGAUAGUGGACGAUGAGCGACAUAAUUAUAUCUACAGCAAGACUGAGUUGGGAGAUUCGGCGUACCAUUACGAUAAGAAAGUAACCUCCCAUUUAUUGGAUCGGCGAAACGUCUUUGAUAUUUACGACACAGAGUUUGACCCCGCGACGGUGGAUGCGCUGCGCGAAUGCGCGCGCGUUUGCCAAGUGGUUGCCACGUACAAGAAAAAGUUGGAAGAGUUUGUGUCGCCGUUACUGGCUCUCAGGGUUGUCCAGGUCACGCUGUAUCUCUGCACUCUUCUUUAUGCAGCUAGUGUGAAAUUUGAAUUGACUACUGUGGAAUAUCUGGCCGCUGUAGCUUUGGAUAUCUUUGUUUAUUGCUAUUUUGGUAAUCAAAUCAUUUUGCAGUCGAGCCGCGUGUCCACAGCCGCUUACCAGAGCGCGUGGCCCGCCAUGGGCGUGCGCGCGCGCCGGCUGCUGCUCAACAUCCUGGUGGCCAACAAGCGCCCGGCCACCAUGCGCGCCGGCCGGUUCCUCACCAUGGAUCUACAUACCUUUGUUAUUAUAAUCAAAACUUCUUUCUCCUACUACACACUACUGGACAAAAUCAAUCACUAGCUCUACUAGUCAUAACUUA